GUUUAAAGAUUCACUGGAUUCUACCUAUGUGGCAAAGGUGACUAUACAUACGACUGGAGAAUUAUUGUUAAAGAGUUUUCAGGAUUGCAUUGGACUGAACGGCAACAAUCCCUAUAAGCUC